AUUUGGACCGGUACACUCAGUUGCUAAUUCCGGUCAAAAUGCGAGGCAACCAUCAGCGAGUCUGGGAUGUCUCGCCACCUACUGAAGAGGAAAACCUCCAAGCUGCGGUGCCGCCAUCGCUUCUCCAGCUCCAGAUGCUCAUCUCGCCUUCGCGCAAAUAAUUCCGGCACACGAAAAACGCAGAGCCACUCUCCUCUCGCUCGUCCCCCUCCCGGCCCUAAAAAAAACUCGGCCACUUCGCUAUCUCGCCCACGCCUACGCCCACCACCACCAGCGGCGCCAUGGCCACCGCUCCCUCCUCCCUCUUCCUGGCCUCCUCCCCCAUCUCCACCGCGCCACGAACCCGCUCCGGCCCCGCCGCGUCCUGCCCGUCCCCUUCCCUGUCGUCCCUGCGCCUCCGGCGGUCGUCUCCCGCCGUCGCGGCCGCGGUCCAGGCGGAGCACCAGCCCGCCGUGGCCGCAGUGCCGAAGCCGCCGGCGCUCCCAUUCCGCGUGGGCCACGGCUUCGACCUCCACCGCCUCGAGCCUGGCCUCCCGCUCAUCAUCGGCGGCAUCAGCAUCCCCCACGACCGCGGCUGCGAAGCGCACUCCGACGGGGACGUGCUGCUGCACUGCGUGGUGGACGCGAUUCUCGGCGCGCUGGGGCUGCCGGACAUCGGGCAGAUCUUCCCGGACUCCGACCCCAGGUGGAAGGGCGCCGAUUCUUCGGUGUUCAUGAGGGAAGCCGUGAAAUUGAUGCAUGAAGCAGGCUAUGAGCUGGGCAACCUUGAUGCUACGCUGAUCUUGCAAAAACCAAAAAUCAGUCCAUUCAAGGAGACAAUCCGAUCAAACUUGUGUGACCUACUUGGGGCAGAUCCAUCUGUUGUCAAUCUCAAGGCCAAGACGCACGAGAAAGUUGACAGUCUAGGGGAAAACAGGAGCAUAGCGGCUCAUACUGUAGUUCUCCUGAUGCGGAAGUAGAAAACUGGAAGUAGUGAAUUGUAUCGUACUACAGGAAUUGAAUUGUAUUGAACAAAAGAUUCUUACGUUAUACUUGCCCUUGUUAAGUGAUCUAGUCGGUAUGGGAAUCUUCAUGUGGCCGUGUGGGAGAAACAAUAAAGUUGUACGCAAUGAGAAAUUUUCUGUAUUUAACUUGUGUUUA